AUGCGACACGGGAAAGUAGAGUUCUCCAUAGCGUGCUUAGUGGUGUUCUAUUACGUGUCACAUGGUCUCCAUGAGCUUGAGAGCCGCUCAUCAGCGAUUCAUCGGAGACAGAGGCUCCCAAGAGGUGUAAAAGACAAUUUAAAAGAAGGAUGGAAAUACGUUAGUAGAAAAAAAGAUGGUGAUGAUGAGUGGGACUCUUUCUGCGCACUUGGAAUUGUGAAUUCAUCAGUCGCUAUUGCUAGUUACAUUUGUCUCUCUGGUCUUAUCACCAACAAGCUGCGAAGAGUGAAGAACUACUUUGAGAACGAUAUAAUAAGAGUGCUUAUUUCUUUGGCAUCAAUUGGCUAUUUAUUCUCUUGGAAAUAUUUGGUCUUGACACUUCUGUUACCUAUUCUUAUUCUAUGUCAAAAUUCUCUUGUUCCCGAUGCAGCAGUCAACUUCGCUAUGAUCGUUUCAGUUCUCCUUGGCUCGUUUUACUUUCCCCAUAUAAUUGAGCAGCUCAACACUAAUUCUACGCUUGGAUUUCUAGCUGUGCCGAUGGUCGUAAUGCUUGUUUUUCGGUGCUAUAGCUUUUGCUUUGAGUCUCGGAAGGCACUCAAAGUGAAAGACACUAUUGAUUACUUCUCCUAUGUUUUUUACCUUCCAACAUUCAUCUCUGGACCGGUUAUUCCCUAUGAUUCGUUCAAAUCCGCCGACGAUAGAAAAUUCAAAAACUUCUUUUCGGAAAUGCUGUGGACUUUUCUAAGGUUAACUUGGAUCUUCUCGUUGUUGUUUUUGUUUGAUUACUGUCUCCACUACAUUUAUCUCUUCUCCGUGACAGAGGAAUUAGCUAAGAUGACACCAACAUCUGUCGUCUUACUAAUGGUGCUUCUGGUGGUGUUCGACUGGGCCAAAUGUUUCUUUAUUUACGAAAUUGUCAAAUCUAUCAUGGCAUUCGACGGUCACGAGGGACCUGCCUUUCCUCCAGUACUCUGUUCCAUCUCGACCUUUGCCGACACAUACUUUGAUCGAACCUUGCAUUUUUGGGUUUCCAGAUAUUUAUACGACCCACGAGCAUCCAAAGGCUUUAUCUCCGAAACAAUCGGUGCAAUGCUUACAUUUGUCAUCGUAUGGCUCUCGCAGGGAAUGAGCUGGACUGUUGGAAUCUGGGCAAUUGUUAAUUUUCUAGGACUUCAACUUGAGUCACUCAUGGGUCGGACAUUUGGUGAUGAAUUUGAUCGUUGGAGACUGAAAAGCCUGCUCCUAGGAGUAAACUACUUCUUGAUUUUGCUGGCCAACUUGACUGGCAUCAUUGGUGUUUCAAAAACAACGAAACUUUUGAGCUACUUUGCAAAAAUUAGUUGGUCCGACUUUGCUACUGUCAUUCUUAUCCUGUAUUGCUACACUGUACUGAACUACUACCGCCAGAAUCGAAGCACCGCGGCAAAAAGAAAGAUUGAAUAA